AUGGAUUAUUGUGUGACGCUGUCCUACCCUGGACCUCACUUGUUCCUGCUGGUCGUACAGCCGGACGUCUUCACUGAGCACAACAACAUGAGACUCUGCAGAAUCCUCGAACCUUUCAGUCUUCAGUCCUUUGACCGUGCACUGGUUGUGAUGUCAACACCCAAACUGGAGGGGCUGAAACAUCUCUGCAUCAUGCUUUUAGGAACAAAUCAGUCCAUCAAGACACAACUCUCCAAUUUCAUCAUAGAGAAAAAAAAUAUUGAGGUACGAAGAUUUCAUUCAGCCGAGCCUUUUGAAGAGGGAUGGUGGAACGAAAAAGUCUUAUACGUAGUGAAAGCUCCAGAGAGUCUGUUCCCCAGAAACACGAGAGAAGAGCUGAAACGGUGCAUAAGCCAUUGUCCUUCUGGACCAAAUGUUCUACUGCUGCUAGUGAAGCCUUCAGACUUUAUGGAGAAGGACCUACAGACACUGAAGUCCACCCUGAGAAUGUUUGGUGAUAAUGCCUUCAAGCACUCAAUAGUUGUCAUGACCCAAGAAGGGAAUCCAACAGGGUUCUCUUUGAACUCACUCCUCAGAGAAUGUGAAGGAAGACAGUACAACAUGUUUGAAAAUGACCACAGAGCGUUGAUGGAAAAGGUAGAGGAACUUGUGAAAAGAAACCGAGGCACCUUCCUAACCAUCAGAGAUGACACAGCAAAACCAAAGUCUGACCAAACCCCACCAGCUUUAAACCUGGUUCUGUUUGGGAGGAGAGGAGCAGGAAAGACUUCAGCAGCUGAAGCUAUUUUAGGUCAGAAAGAUCUUCAUCCAGCCUCCAGACCUUCAGAGUGUGUUAAACACCAGAGGGAGGUGUGUGGACGUUUGGUUUCUGUGGUGGAGCUGCCUCCUCUGUACGAGAAACCACACGAGGAAGUGAUGGAGGAAUCACUCAGGUGCGUCUCCCUCUGUGAUCCUGAGGGGGUCCAUGCCUUCAUCCUGGUCCUACCUGUGGGUCCCCUCACUGAUGAAGACAAGGGAGAGUUACAGAUCAUCCAGGACACGUUCAGCUCUCGAGUCAAAGACUUGACCAUGAUUCUGUUCACUGUGGACUCAGACCCUGCAGCUCCAGCUGUUUCCAACUUUGUAAAAGGAGACAAAGACAUCCAGGAGCUCUGUCAGAGCUGUGGAGGAAGAUACAUUGUUAUCAACAUCAAAGACAAACAGGACGCGUCUAAAAUUAUACCAGGUGUGGAGAAAAUGAGACGGGACAAAGAUGACCAGCGCAGCUACACAACAGGAGCACUCACACGAGCCUACAUGGAUAGAAACUCACAACUAAUGAAAGACGUCGACAGACUACGAGCAAAACUGUCAGACCUGACACCAAGGAACAAAGACACUGGUGCUGAAGAGCAGCAGAGUCCAAGGAGUCUCAGGAUUGUUCUGAUUGGGAAGACCGGCAGUGGAAAGAGUUCAUCGGGAAACACCAUUUUAGGAAGAAACAUGUUUAAAGCCAAACCAAGUCAAAAAUCAGUCACCAAGCGCUGUCAAAGAGAAGAAACUUCCGUAGAGGGUCGUCUUGUUUAUGUGGUGGACACUCCAGGUCUGUUUGACAACAGUUUGUCCCAUGAAGCAGUCAACAAAGAGAUGGUGAAAUGCAUCAACCUUCUGGCUCCAGGGCCACAUGUCUUCCUGUUGGUGAUCCCAAUCAGCAGAUUCACAGAAGAAGAAAAGGAGGCACUCAAACUUAUAAAGGAGGGUUUUGGAAACAAUUCAGAUUUAUUCACCAUCGUUCUUUUUACAAGCGGAGAUGCACUAAAACUCAACAAUCAGACCAUUGAGGAUUACAUUGAACGGGAAUGUGAUGACUCCUUUAAACGCCUCAUCGAUGACUGCGGAGGGAGAUAUCACGUGUUUGAUAACCUUGAUGACAAAAACCGAACACAAGUCAGCGAGCUGAUAACAAAGAUCGAUGCCGUGGUGAAGGAAAACGGGGGCAGCUGCUACACCAGUAAUAUGCUGCAAGAAGCUGAAGCUGCGAUACAGAAAGAGAUGAAGAGAAUCCUGAAGGAAAAGGAAGAAGAGAUGAAUAAAAAGAUGGUGGCACUGGAAAGAAGACAUCACAUUGAAAGGGAUAGCAUGGAAAGAAAAAUGAGUGAACAAAGAGUAAAAACUGAACAAGAAAUUGAACAGAAAGACAUGAAAAUCAAGGAAAUGAUGAAGAAAAUCCAGAAAGAGCAAGAGGAAAAGAAAAAAGAACAAGAAAGGAGACGGGAAGAAAAAGCCAAGAGGAAACGAGAGAAAAAAACCUGGGAGGAAAAGUUUACUGCGCUAAAAUUAAAAGCAAAAUCAGACGAGGAGCUGCAGGAGCACACAGCAUCAAUCAAAAAGCAACAGGAAGCCUGGGAGAAGCAAAUGAACGACGCCACGGAGAAACAAAAACUAGAGGACCAACAGCGGCAGCAGAAGGAGCGACGACUGCAGAAGGAAUACGAUGAGGAAAAACACGACUUUGAAAUCAAAAAGCAAGAGAAUAAAAUCAGGAAAGAAGAGGAGGUGAAGCAAAGAGAAGGGCUGGAAAAAAUCUACAAGAAAGAAAUUGAGACACUAAGAGAAACAUACGAGGAGGAAGCAAGAAGGAAAGCUGAAGAAUUCAACGAGUUCAAAGAAAAAUACAGCAAAGAAUCUGCAGUCCAGAGAGAAGAACACGAGAAACAACUGAAAGAUAAAGACGAUAAGUACGACCUGCUGAGGGCACUCAAAGCCCACAAUGAAAAACAAAGCAGGGAUAAACAUCACGAGCAAAUCAACGCGUUGGUCCAAUUUAAGGUCAGCAGAGAUAUGGACGCAGAGAAAUCGGAAAGUGUGAACCCUCUCCACGCACUCGCCAUCGAUGUAAAUGGGAGCUAG